CAACCUCCAGGUUUCCCAUCGUCACCUCAGCAGUGAAUCUGACUCUCUGCUCGUCUGUCCUGCCUUCCCCCGGUCACCCGUCGCUUGUGCUCGACUUCCGCGGCCUUUAUCUGGUUCCAAUGCCGUCCACCAACGACUCCGCGAGAGCCACGGGUCCGAGUGCGAGUGUCUUCUCGCUGCUGCUAGCGUUCCGCAUCGUGAACGCACUGACGCUGCGCACCUUUUUCCAGCCAGACGAGUACUUCCAAUCUCUCGAGCCAGCCUGGCAGCUUGCCUUUGGCGAGUCCAGCAAUGCCUGGAUCACUUGGGAGUGGAGAACGCAAUUGCGAUCCUCCUUGCACCCAGCGCUCUUUGCGGCAAUUUAUCGAGUUGCUGCAGGACUGGCAGACCUUUGUGGCUUGACUCCACCAAUCAAAGCAGAACUACUCGUGGUGACGCCAAAGGUUACCCAGGCUGUAUUCGCAGCGCUGUUGGAUUGCUACACCUGGAAGCUUGCGGGAAAAGUACACGGCCGUGGCAGCCGUGCCGCCCUUGCUACUCUUGCGUUGUCGGUAUGCAGCCCCUGGCAAUGGUUCUGCUCGACACGAACCCUGUCGAACUGUCUUGAGACUACCCUUACAUCGAUUGCUCUUUAUCACUGGCCUUGGUAUUGGCAUAGUAAUGUAAGCGGUCGAGAUUCCAAAAAGGUUGAGUUGCUCGUUACAGACGAGCAGGACUUCGGUCCGCUCACAGGGCUACGUUUAUCGCUGCUACUGGCAGCGCUUGCAUGUGUACUGCGACCCACUAAUGCCCUGAUUUGGUUAUCCGUAUCCGCCCCAACGCUAUGGCAAGCCUCAAAUCGGCUGCGUUCCGCUGUCCUUGCAUGCUCAGCUACAUCGGAUAGACUUUACUACGGCGUCUGGACCCUACCGCCCGUGCAAUUUCUGUACUUUAACAUCGCCCAGUCGUUGGCUGUGUUCUAUGGCAAGAACAGACCAGACUAUUACUUCACAGAAGGGCUACCAUUGCUGCUCACUACAGCCGUGCCCUUUGCUAUCGUAGGACUAUGGCAUGCACUAAAGGGAAGCCUCUCGAGAGACCCAAACGUUGCUGUCAAAUCGAGUGGUCAGUCGUCAACACCUGAACGUGCGAUUCAGCAUCAGACGCAGCAAGUGAUCCUGUCACGUCUGGCAUGGACAUCUCUCACCAUGACCAUAACCCUAAGCCUCAUCUCCCACAAAGAAGUCCGCUUCCUGUACCCCAUUCUCCCUUUUCUACACAUCCUCUCCGCCCAACCACUCGCUGCCUUCCUCCCCCGCUCAGCCCCAACAUCCCACAAAGCCACCAUCUUCUCCCUCCUCACCAUCAACCUACUCCUCGCCGGCUACACAUCCCAGAUCCACCAACGCGGCGUAAUCGACGUCCUAUCCCACCUCCGCCACAAACACGAACUCCGCCACAACCUCGCAGCCAGCACACAGGGCACACAACCCUCCAACACAACAGUAGCCUUCCUCAUGCCCUGCCACUCCACCCCCUGGCGCUCCCACCUCGUCCACCCCUCCAUCUCCGCAUGGGCCCUCACCUGCGAGCCCCCGCUCAACAUGCCCCUCUCAGACCGCGCCACCUACCUCGACGAAGCAGACCAAUUCUACAUCAAGCCCGGCCCCACCGCCUGGCUGCGCGCCAACAUGGAGGACGUGCAGACCGUGGCGUCGGGCGGCUCGCGCUCCGGCCAGCACUGGGCUAGACAGGAUCCGAAGUUCAAAAGAGCUUAUAGGCGCGAGUGGCCACAGAAUCUGGUCUUUUUUGCCCAGUUGGAGGGCGAGUUGGGAGAGUAUUUGAGCGCGAGUAGGUAUAGGGAGUGUUGGAGGGGGUUUAAUAGUCAUUUUCAUGAUGAUUCGAGGAGGGUUGGGGAUGUAGUUGUUUGGUGCUUGGAUGAGGCGUGAGUGGUGCGUGUGUGUACCAUGGUGUUAUGGUUGGUGUGGUGCGGUUGAUAUUUAGGGCAUUCACAAAUCGUGU